AUAAUACAGGACACUUUGCUAGUGACAGAUCUUAGAUUAACAUCCAGAUAUUGACCUGAGUUUGAGGUCCUAUGCUAACCGUGACCUUGCUUUUUUUAGACACUAUUUUUUCAUUAUAUUUCUUCAAGAAUGUUUUUUUGUUUGCAUGUUUUGAAUAGGAAGCAGUGGAUAUCCUUUAAGUAUGUUAUCUAGUCAUAUAGGUGUAACAUUAUAUAUAUGUAUAUAUAUUAUUAAUUCGUCAGAGAAGCAGUUUAUAUAAGUUCAUAGUUUUAAAGUUUGCUUCUUUAGGUUUCCGCACAUUAUUCCACUGCUCUUACUGGUAACAGCUCGGUUUUUUUUGUGUGUGCCUGUUUUGCGGUUAAUUCUGGUGUUGAAAAUGUUGCUGCUGGUGUGGACUAGGGGCUCGUGUUUCUUGCUGUUACUGGCUGCGGUCUUGAGAAUGGGACAUUCUCAAAGGGCUGACGGCCCUGGAUCCAAGGUGAAUUCCAUCAAAUCGUCUCUUCAGGGGCAGGCUCCAACCCAGUCAACCAACCGCUCCAUCACUUUCCCUGUGGGCGCCACCAGCAAGAAAGGAAACAACCCCGGCCAGGUUCAUCCUUGCAGCAGUGAUAAGGAAUGCAGUGUUGGGGGCUAUUGCCAUAGUCCUAACCAAGGUCCUUCCAGAUGCCUGACUUGCAGAAGGAAGAAGAAGCGUUGCCAUAGAGACGGCAUGUGUUGCCCUGGAAACCGCUGCAGCAAUGGUAUCUGUAUGGCUGUAUCUGAGAGCAUUCUUACUGGACAUAUCCCAGCUGUUGAAGGGCACGACAAGAACAAUGGACAGCUGUCUACCAGUGACAUGGGAUGGCAGAACCUUGGGAAAACGCAGUCCAAGCUACCAAAUGUAAAAGGUCACGAGGGCGAUUCCUGUCUCCGUUCUUCUGACUGUGUGGAAGGCUUCUGCUGUGCCCGCCAUUUCUGGACCAAAAUCUGCAAGCCAGUCCUUCGCCAGGGGGAGGUGUGCACAAAACAGCGGAAAAAGGGCUCCCAUGGCCUAGAGAUCUUCCAGCGCUGCGACUGUGCAAAAGGACUUUCUUGUAAAAUCUGGAAGGAUGCCACUUCCUCUUCAAAAUCCAGACUCCACGUUUGUCAGAAGAUAUAAAAGGAGGAUAGCUCACGCUUUUAUAACUGUGAAAUUUAAGUAUUUAAAAUAAUGAGACACGGGUAGGUUUUCCUGUGGCUGACUGCACGCCAUAUAAUGUUCCUGAAAUGCACGCGUGACGGGUGUUGGGUUGCAGCAGUGUUGGUCGAUAGACGAUCCAUUUUGUGGUUUCUGAAAUGUAAAUAAUGUUAUCUAAUAUUGGUGCCAUUUUGAAACCACAGAAACCAUUUUUCUUGCCAAAUGAUCUGCAAUGAGGAUAUUUAUCUGUCUAAAUCCAAGCUGUAGCUUGUUUUUUACUAUGUUGACAAGACUACUUUGCAACAGAGACACAAAAUGUUACAUAAUCAAGAAAUUUCAGACUUAAUUAAAAUGGGCAAGGGAAACUGACUGGUACUUUAAUUCAGUCUCCCCUCUUUUGUAGGUGAAAGUAGUGGUUUGGCUUUAUUUUCAAACAAAGAAAGGGGAAAAAUAAAGAGCUACUAACUAGCAAUUAAUGGGAGUUAAAACAUGAUUUAGAUAAUUGUGAUUAUUGUGAUAAUAUUUAGCUUAAGAUCAAUAACUGCAAAUGUCAUUAUAUUCCAACCAUAUUAUGAAUAGCUGAGCUAAUUUACUGAGAUUUCUCAUUUCUGUUUUCAGUCAAUCAAAAGCUUGUUUGGAAUAUAAAUUCUAUAUCAGAUCAAUUUCAUUUCAGAUAGCAUACUUUAGUACUGUCGACCUCUUUUAAAAUGUAUUUUCUUCAUGUGCACGUGGCUCCCAUAUUAUAUUUUUCUAUUAGACUCUACUUUCAUGCUCAGGUAUGCAGUUUGUAAUUUAACAGAUGGUUUUAACCUGCUUUAACAAUUUGUGGCCAACGAUCACUCCCCUUUUAAAUGUAAAUAUUUUUGGAAGGAUCUGUCUGGCAUUAUACAUUUUUUAGAAUUAUAGAUGGUUUUCAAAAGGCAUUGUUUUGUAUUCUAUGGUAAAAUACGAAGAUUCCGGAGUUUAUGUCAUUAAUAGUAUUUCAUUUUCUGAAAGCAGUACGAAAGCAGUACGCUUUUUAAUGUAAAUAAAAUGUCCACUAUUGCCAAUGUAUUUAUGGAUCAAGAUUAUAUCGUGUACAGUUUUGCACUUGUGUUUUAUCAUAUGAAGGAGAGGUAUUUUGUGUUUAAGAAUAUGUUCUUUGUGUUUAGCAUCUAAAGUACAACUGCUAGAAACUAUUUUAAAAUGGCAUAAAUAGAUUAGUUAAUAAUGACCUUAAGUCUUUUGCUGCUUAUAUAACUUUCCUCAAAUAAGAAAUACAUCCAAGCUAAAUGUAAUCAUGCUAAAAAAAAAAAACAAAAAAAAAAACAUAUUAAAGCACAUUAGGAAUUAUAUGUGAUGGACACAUUUCCUCAGUAUGGUUUAAAGGAAUUUGUUGCUAGUGGUUCUUAUGUGGGAUUCAUACUGUUAGUGCUGUACCAAUGACUCUGUAUAUAGAAACCUGAAACACUGUUGCUGAUGCUUUUGGUGUAAUCAGCAGUUGGCUAAUUAGCGCUGUUAAUAUUCAGUUGUUUUUAUUGUUAUGUAUUUGCUUCUUUUAUGUAUGAAUAAAAUUGUUUGUAUUUUGUA